AGACUCAGAGACAAUAUAAAUGGCGUCUGACGAAAAUAUAGACUGGGGUACCUGUGAAAAAGAGAAGAUUUGUCAGAAGGUCGAGACUUUAUUAAAGAAUGUACACUCUGGGCUCCCUGAUCCACUGACGGACGCUGCGAAAUGCUGCCUGGUUAAAGGAGACUAUCUGUACUUCCAUUACGGCUGUGAUGGACAGGAUGACAGAGGCUGGGGCUGUGGAUACCGAACCAUUCAAACCAUGGCUUCGUGGAUUUACCUGAACAGGUCCACAGUUCAAAACCAGACCAGAAUUGCUCCAAGCCUCCCACAGAUCCAGCAAGCCUUGGUGACAAUGGGGGACAAGCCAGGCUCCUUCUCAGGCUCCAGGGAGUGGAUAGGGACAUUUGAAGCCUCCCUGGUGCUGGACUACUUCUGCGAUGUUCCCUGUAAGGUGGUGCAUGUUAGAGGUGGAGGAGCAGAGCUGGAGCAGGUUGCAGUGGAGGAGCUCCACCAACAUUUUGAAAAGCACGGUUCUCCUAUCAUGAUGGGAGGAGACAGGGACAAUUCCUCUAAGGGUAUAUUAGGAGUUUGUACUGGGGACAAAGGGAGCUAUUUGCUUGUUGUUGAUCCUCACUACUAUGGGAGACAACUGGAGAAGACAGAGCUGCAGAAGAGAGGGUGGGUGGCUUGGAAACGAGUCUCAUCUCUGGAUCAGUCCUCGUUUUAUAACCUCUGUUUGCCUCAGACUGCUGCGAAGGGAAUAUAAGACCUCAAGUGCAAAUAAACUGAUAUUGUUCCAAUGGGCAGAAUGUUGUAACAUGAGUGCCAUCUAGUGGUUGAAGUGUGAAAGUGUCUGAUAAGUUUGUACCAAUAAAUUCCUCACACACCCA